ACUCAAUUAAACAAUUUACUACCCGUUCAUCACUUAACCUUUCGAUCACUCACAAAAAAACAAUCAAUAUAAAGGACGUUGCUUUUUAUACCCGCGUUCAGUACCCGACCAGCAUCCAACAUUCGUGGGCGUUAAUACUGUGACAGGGUUCCAAAAUGCUCGCAAUCAGUUUACUUUUGGUACUUUGUGUGUUUAACGUAAAUGCUGCUAGGCAGAAUGUGAGCUGCCCCGCUGUGAGCACUAGAGAGUUGGAUUUGAAAGAACUAGACGGGAAAUGGUACCUAGCGGGCGCGGCAACCGACUUACCUCUGGAAGGAGACUGCGCCAUGGUUGUGUUCAACCAUAAAACCGAUAACACCACAGAUGUUUCCAUCAGUUGGAUCAAGAACAACACUAUUAGCUUCUACAACGGCUCGGUAGCUUUGAUGAUGGACCCGAAUAGCAGCACUGGUGAUCUCCUGCAGAUAACUUAUACAGAUAAGCAAAGCCAGCUGUAUUACUUCCUCGAUGUAAACUAUGAUCACUAUGCGGUGGUGUUUUCGUGUUUUGAUAGUAAUGAUGGCAGCAACAGCAGCACAUAUGAACUCUGGAAGCUCAGCAGAAGCCCGCACCUUAAAGACCAGGACGCGGACAAGAUCAGCAAAGCAAUAACAAGCUACAACCUGCAAGACACCCAGUUUGUCAAUUUCAACGCCACAGAAGACACGUGCAGCGGAGGCAGGGACAUACAUCCCUCUAUAGUUAUUACCUCGGCUGCGACGCUUGCACUAUUUAGAAGAUUUUAUUGA